AUGAAUUAUCAAUUAAAUUUGUUUUUCGAGCUGAAUAAUAUCACUUUUCAUUUAAUCUAGGAAUCUAAAGUUUUUAUAGAACAAAAGAAUUCACAAUCUGGUAUGGAUUAAUCAAAACAGAAAAUAUUUUAAAUACUUAAGAAAUUAUAUUAAUAACUGAGGAGAUCUUAAAUUGGUUGCCUCUUUUAACUUACUGUCUUUAAGAUACAUGACAUAAAUGUGGAAUACUUACAUUAGACCACAUAUUUAAUAUUACUCCCCUGCACUGCACAAUUAGGAUAAGGUUUCGGAGAAAUUAAAAGAUUAGUCUCUUAAAUUAACUCUUGGACCUAUAUCUUUAUCCAAUAAAAUUAUUUGAUAACCCAUUAAAUUAUUCGAUUUUCAAAUCCUUUUUUUAAUUAAUUAAUAUAAUAUUAGGGAAUCAUAAGAAAUGGUAAUCCUUAUAAGACAUUUUUAAGUCAAUAAAAUGAAGAAUUUAAAUCAGUUAAAACGAAGCGAUUGCAAAUUUUAUACUUUCCAGAUUAUGGAUAUCUAGAAAGUUUUAAGUAUAAUUAGUUAUAAUUUAAGUCUUGUUAAAAGGUCUAAAAUAGAAGUUUGA